AUGAACGAUAAUACGCUAUCAUCGAUCGCAAAGAGCCUCGUGCCAGCAAACUAUUUGAGUUUAGCGAACGAUGCGCGACAUGAGCGGGAUAAGCAAAUAAAACUACUGCUUGAACAGCGUAAAUUACCACAAGAGGGAUGGAACGAAUCGAUGGUUGAAUACUUUAUCAAUGAGCUGGCACUGCUCGAUAGUAAUAAUUUUCCGUCGCACUGCGGUGUUGGUGAACGCGAGGCUCGUGUCGUAUGCGAUCUUGUGCGUCGCAGACACUACAACUUCGCACAUGGAAUCGGCCGUUCUGGUAAUCUGACCGAUGCUCAGCCAAAAGCCGCUGGUUCGACUAUCAUGGCAAACCUUACCAACUGCUUGGUGCGUGAUUUGAUCCAGGCAAUUGGAAUUGCGAAUUGCCGGCAGGCAGUCGUAGUUCCAUUAGCAACGGGAAUGACUGUGAUGCUAUGCCUCAGGGCGAUCCACGCCAAACGACCUCAGUCACGAUUCGUACUCUGGUCCCGAAUUGACCAGCAAUCUUGCUUCAAAAGCAUCGUUGCCGCUGGCUUGAUCCCGAUCAUAAUCGACAGUAUCGUUUCAUCAUGUGACAAAGGCAACGAAACGAAAGAAGAUCAGUCCCUUUCGGUCACUUUCGCCACUGAUUUAGAACGAUUCCAAACGAAAAUUGACGAACUGGGCGCUGAGCAAGUUUGCUGUAUUUUGUCAACGACAAGUUGCUUUGCUCCACGUAGUAGCGACGAUGUGGUUGCACUAGCGACCGUCUGCCAAAGCCGCGACAUACCGCAUGUAGUGAAUAAUGCAUAUGGAUUUUGCAGUACACACGCGUUGCAUCAAAUUAAUCUGGCAGGACGAAUCGGGCGGAUCGAUGUAUUCGUGCAAAGUACGGACAAAAAUUUGCUUGUCCCAGUGGGAGGGGCUAUUGUGGCCGGCUUUGAUGAAGUUACCGUCGAUGCGGUCGCACGACUAUAUCCAGGUCGCGCCUCGGGAUCGCAGGUGCUGGACGUCUUGAUGACGUUGCUUACACUCGGAGUGACCGGUUAUCGCAGGUUGCUUGCGCAGCAGAAAGAACUCUACCACAUUUUACAGGACGGAUUGACAAAAAUUGCCUCAAAACACGGGGAGCGGUUGUUACCAUGCCGUAAUCCAAUUUCCAUUGCCAUGUCGCUCGAAACGUUCACGAACAAGCAAUGCCGGCUAGAAAUGAUUGGAUCUAUGCUACAGAAGCGUGGCGUUUCGGGGUGUCGUGUGAUCAGCCCCGGCGAAAUUAAAACCAUCGACGGACAUUCUUUCGUUGGUUGGGGAGCACACAGUGCUUUGAGCAACGUACCUUAUUUAAUGGCAAGUGCCGCACUAGGAGUGCAACGUGAUGAUGUUGAUAAAUUUUUAGGGAAGCUUACAGAGGUGCUACGGAAAUUUCGUAGCAAAUAUGUUGAGGGCGAAUAA